AUUCAUAAAAAUGCCGUCAUGCAUUGUGUCGCAAGGUUAUAAAUUCUCAGUUGUUAAUGAUGAUGCCAACAUUAUUCUCCGCAUCAACAUAAAAUGGAUCCGAAGAGAAAGCAAAUCAUCGUCUUCACUUUUGUUCUUUUGGUAGCGUUUUGCGAAACGUUUUUUAGUCAGCAAAACAUUUUGACUAACAUACGUCUGUGCGUGUUAUCUACGGAUUCGGCGACAUUACAGAGUCAGUGCGUUCUUUGCAACAGGCAAUUAUUCCCGUCCACGACACAAAUGUGUACAAACUCGCAACAAUUGGCAGCUAAUAUAACUAUUAAUCAAGCAUUCUGUUUAAUCGUCAAGUGUAUCGAACAAGUCAAUCAACAACCGACAAUUAUCGGCCGCAAGAAACGAGAACUGAGUAACAUUUUAUUAUCGAAUUUGAGCGACGUGGAUCAAGAUGACGAUAGAGAAGUUUGGCAACAGCAAUCGGAUCCUCCCAACAUAGACGAAGUCUUAGUUUUUGCCGUGAACGAAGAAGAAAUAAGUUAGAAAUAACGACGGCAAAUUAAUGAUUUUUAUGAAUGAUGUAUUUAAAAUCAACUUUAAAUAUAAUAAAUUUUAAUUAAUAAUGGUUCCUUCGUGGUAUAUGAAGAAACGUAAAGCGGAGGUAACACCGUUAUCACAAAACAAACACUUAUGAUUCCUGUCAAUGUAUGGAAGGCCCUCGUAAGAACUUUUCGCUCCUGACAGGCUCCAUUGUGGACAAAAAAUUUUCCCGAUUCUCUCAACCCUGCUUAAUUUUUCGGCUUGGUUUGUAAUUUUUGUGUAGAUUUGUAUUGAUAUUGUCAAACAUCUUUUACAUAUAAUGAACUUUUUGUAUCGGCAAUUUGUGUCGGAAGUUUCGAUGUAACAAUAGUUAGCCUUGGCAAUCAAACAAAUGAAGAGUAACGAAUGCGGAUGUUUACGAGGUGAAGGUCGCAUUUGAAUUGCUAUAAAUUAUUGGAUAUAAUUUUAGUCACUGACGUAAAUACGUAAAUUUAAUUAUAUUAUUUGUUUUUUGCUCUUUUCACACUAAUUUUCAUCGUUUCUUGUGUUGCGCGCUGCAUUAAUGAGCUUGGGUUCGUAUCUAAGUCACAACUUUCAAGAAUUUCCCACGGACGAUUCCACUAACCAGAAAUCUAAACUUACAUUUAUAAUGAGCAGAUUUGACGUCAUUCUUUAGAAUAAUUCAUUGUAAAAUUGAAGAGAUGACGUAAAAUAUAC